AUGGCGCCGUUGAUGACCUUGUUGAGCGGCCUUGCCUUGGCGGGCGCCGUCGUUGCCAUCCCGCAACCUGCCACGGACACCGACUACCUCGUCGAGUCUCAGAUCCUCAACACCCCCUAUCAAUAUGAUUUCCCGCGCCUGGGAGCCUCAGGGGCUUCACAAUUCCCCAUGCGCCGUUGCCACGGCUUCAAGCUGGAAGAGGCGACCGUCGACCAGAUCCAGGAGCGCUUGGCAAAUGGCACCUUCUCGACUGUUGAGCUGCUGGCGUGCUACCUCGAUCGCGUUUACCAAACACAGCCUUAUUUGAACGCUAUUCUGCAGCUGAACCCGGAUGCUUUCUCCAUCGCGGAGAAGCUGGAUGCCGAGCGCGCCAUGGGUAAGGUCCGUGGCCCCCUGCACGGCAUCCCCUUCAUUGUCAAGGACAACAUCGCCAGUAAGGACCGCAUGGAGACUACGGCCGGUUCCUGGGCGCUGCUGGGUAACGUGGUGCCUCGGGAUUCUUAUGUUGUCCACGGUCUCCGCAAGGCCGGUGCGCUCCUUUUGGGCAAGGGCGCCCUUUCCGAGUGGGCUGAUAUGCGCUCCAACAAUUACUCCGAAGGCUUCACUGCCCGCGGAGGCCAGUGCCGUAGUGCUUACAACUUCACCGUCAACCCUGGUGGUAGCAGCACUGGUCCCGGUGUGGCUGUUGGUGCUAACCUGGUCCCCAUUGCCUUGGGAACCGAGACUGAUGGCAGUGUCAUCAACCCUGCUCAACGAAACGCCAUUGUCGGCAUCAAGCCGACUGUUGGUCUGACUUCCCGUGCUGGUGUCAUUCCUGAGUCUGCUCACCAAGACACCAUCGGAACCUUCGCGCAGACUGUUCGUGAUGCCGUCUACACCCUGGACGCGAUCUAUGGUGUUGACACCCGCGACAACUACACUCUUGCUCAGAAGGGCCUUACCCCCAAGGGAGGCUAUACUCAGUUCCUGAGCAAGAAGGACGCCCUCAAGGGUGCUGUCUUCGGUCUUCCCUGGGAGUCCUUCUGGGCCUUCAACACUGCCGAGCAGAAUGCCCAGCUUCUCGAACUGAUCGAGCUGAUCAAGUCCGCCGGAGCGACCAUCAUCAACGGCACCGAGCUGCCCCAUUACAAGCAGAUUGUCUCGCCCGACGGCUGGAACUGGGACUACGGCUCCACCCGCGGCUUCGCCAACGAGUCGGAGUACUCCUACAUCAAGGUCGACUUCUACAACAACCUCCGCGACUACCUCUCCGAGGUGAACAACACCAACGUGCGCACCGUCGAGGACCUCGUCCAGUACAACAUCGACAACUACGGCUCCGAGGGCGGCCUCCCCGGCAUCCAUCCCGCCUUCGGCUCCGGCCAGGACGGUCUCCUCGCCUCCAUGGAGUCCAAGGGCGUCAUGGACGAGACCUACUUCCAGGCCUUGGCCUUCUGCCAGCGCACCACCCGCGAGGAAGGUAUCGAUGCCGCUCUGAACCACAACGGCACCAAGCUGGACGGUCUUCUCGUUCCCCCCGACGUGGCCCAGAGCAUCCAGAUCGCCGCCCAGGCCGGCUACCCCGUUAUCACCGUGCCUGCCGGAACCAGCAGCGAGUCUGGCAUGCCAUUCGGACUUGCGUUGAUGAACACCGCCUUCUCGGAACCGACUCUGAUCAAGUAUGCCAGUGCCAUUGAGGAUCUGAAGAGUCAGUCUGGUUCUAAGUGGGCGCGCGCCCUCCCCGAGUGGAGAGGGUACCUUGAGCGCAACUUGCCUGUCAUCAUGUAA